ACCAUUGAACUACAAGCAGAGCUCUCUGGUGGCUGGAGCAACAACCAGAUGCCAUAGUUCACAUCAUCAAUUCAUUGCCGGAUAUGCUUUUAUAGGGAUUGAGGGGUGCCAUCAUGUUACGCUUCAUAACAAGACAGUGCAGAGUCCAGCCUCUCAGUUUCCGAGACCAGCUGGUGGAGCAGACGAGUCGAGACUUGCGAUGGACAUCGUCCGCUCGGGGGCUCGCCACUGACACAAGCUCAUUACCUCAAGUCCCUGCAGAGGCUGAUGUGGUCAUCAUAGGGGGAGGCAGCGCAGGAUGUAACACGUUAUACCAACUAGCACGACACGGCGUCAAGGCAGUUCUGCUUGAACGCGCUAAGCUGACAGCCGGCGCAACAUGGCACAAUACUGGUAUCAUCUGGAGCAUCAUGCCACGCGACGUAGAGACGCAGCUACUCAACGCCUCACGAGACCUGGUGUUGCGAAUACAACAGGAGACAGGGGUCGACCCGCAGUGGGAAAACAACGGCGGCAUCUACGUUGCUCGGACAAAGGAACGGCUGGAAGAGUUGAAGCGUUUAGCAACUAUUGCCAAGAGCUUUGGAAUCCCUGCAACCUUACUGUCUCCAGCUGAAACUAAACAGGUAUUUCCCUUGAUUAACCAGGAGGUCAUCCUUGGAGCUCUUCACUCUCCCAAUGACGGCACAGCUGAUCCGUCUGCUUUGUGUAGCGGACUUACGACAGGGGCUUUGGCUAUGGGGGCUCAGGUGGUAGAGAACUGUCCUGUAAACAAGAUAGUGACUGGACCCAGCAGCGUUGGUGGCCACCCACAAGUACGCGGAGUCAUUACUCCCUACGGCACCAUCAAAACCAGCUGUGUCGUCAACUGCUCAGGAGCAUGGGCGGCUGAGACAGCAAGGCUGGCUGGAUUGACGCUGCCAUUGUGUGCGUUGAAACAUUCGUACGUCGUAAGUGAGAGUCUACCAGCCAUACAGGGACUGCCAAACAUACGAGACGGAGACUCGUCAAUCUAUAUAAGGAUAUACAAGGAUAACAUGUUUGUCGGAGGGUUUGAGAAAAAUCCAGUCAUCUUGGAAGAGAUGCCUAAAGACUUUGCCUUUGACCUGUUCGAGCUAGACUGGGAAAUGUUCCAAUCCCACCAGAACAAAGCCGCGGAGCUGGUGCCAGCGUUUGAGACUGCGGGAGUCAAGACAUCCGUGUGCGGCCCUCACUGCUUCACUCCUGACCUCAUGCCUCUAGUGGGAGAAGACCCCAGACUGCUAGGGAUGUACCACAACGUAGGGUUCAACUCUGCAGGGUUCAUGUUGAGCGGAGGCUGUGGAGAACAGCUGGCCAAGUGGAUCAUCAACGGACGACCAGACCUUCACAUGUACAGCUGCGACGUCAGACGGUUUACAAAGGAACAGAUGAGCAACCCUGUAUGGACCAAGCAGCGAUGCCACGAGUGUUACGUCAAGAAGUACGGCAUUGUCUACCCCAAUGACCAACCACUCGCGGGUCGCAACCUCAAGAAAGACCCAUUCCAUGAGGAACUUUUAGUCGCCGGUGCAUUUUAUGAGGAGAUGCAAGCGUACGAGCGCCCCGGCUGGUUCACGCCCCAAGGUCAUGCUCCGGUCCCUCCGUACGACUGGUACGGCUCAUACGGAACUCCUAAGAACAAGGACACAAGAUACGCGGAUCUACUGAAGGGCGACCACACGUUCAAGUUCUCUAAACAUCACCACGUCAUCGGAGCUGAGUGUCUGGCUUGUCGGGAACAUGUUGUGAUGUUUGACAUGUCAUACUUCAGCAAGAUCUAUCUGACGGGACCGGAUGCCCAGGAGGCUGCUGAUUGGCUGUUCACGGCCGACACUAACGGACCAAUCGGCAACAUUGUGUACUCAUGUAUACUUAACAAGCAGGGUGGAAUUGAGGGUGAUUGUUUGGUCACGGCUAUCAACACAGGCUGUGGAACCCAGUCGGACCCUAUUUUUAAGGGUCGAGGGUUCUACAUUGUUGCAGCUGGUGCCUCUGCCUCACAGUCCUGGGCUCACAUGAACACAGCGAUCCAACAGAAAGGUUUCAAGGUCUCGCUCAGUAACCUGUCUGAAGACAUCGGACUGCUGGCUAUCCAGGGUCCCAAGAGUCGGGAAAUGCUACAGAGUCUAAUAGACGUAGACCUGAGCAACGAGACGUUCCCGUUCCGCUCAGCUCGUAUCAUCAACGUCGCCGGACACACCGUGCGUGCGCUGCGUACCAGCUUUGUUGGCGAGCUCGGCUGGGAGCUGCACAUUCCUACACAGUCCUGCCUGGCAGUGUACAAUGCAUUGUGGGAGACAGGGGUCAAGUAUGGCCUACGUCAGGCUGGCUACAGAGCUCUGUACUCACUCAGCUCUGAGAAAGGUAUAAGACUGUGGAAUGCGGACCUGAGGAUAAAUGACAAUCCUCUUGAGGCCGGACUAACUCAGACCCUCAAGUCUGAGGGAGAUUACCUCGGCAGGGAUGCAGUCGAGCAGAGUAGAAAAGACGGGAUCAAAAAGCGACACGUUUUCUUAACAAUUGAUGAACAAGUGCCUCUAUGGGGUUCAGAGCCAGUGUUCAGAGAUGACACGGUGGUUGGCUUCCUAAGGAGGGGAGAAUACGGCUACGCUCUCGGCAAAAGCAUCGGACAGGGUUAUGUGCAAGACCCGAGCGGUGCGCCGGUGACGCCAGAGUACUUACAGAGCGGCCAGUACCAGCUGGAGGUGAUGGGCAAGCGGCACAACGCCACUCUCACACUCAAGAGUCCGCUCGACCCAGACAACAAGAGGGUCAAAGGUAUCUACGAUGAGCCACUGCCGAUACGCCAGUGAGCAGCGUUUUGUAAUUGUUGUAUAUUUUGUACUUAAUAAAUAUUUCUAUUUUCAGUAAA